CGCUGAUUCCACAUUAUUAAAAAAAAAAACAAAACAAAACAAAGAGCGGUAAUUGAAAUUUCGCGCUUUACCAUAACCCCUCAAAACCCUAAACCAGUAUCAGUAUAAUAACAAAAGCUCAAUUGGGCAUAUUAGCAGAGAGAAGUUUGGUAAAAAUCAACGUUUGUGGAAGCAAAAGGAAAGAAAGAAAAAUGGCGGUGGGGAUCACAGGGUUCACUGAGAGAGUCGGAGAGGGUGCCGGAGAACCAGUUCUUGAUGCUGAAAAUGGGGAGGAGCUGAUGCAUGUUCAACGUGGAGUUUCUAUUGUUCUCGGCAAUCGACCUCCCGAAUCCCCAGGCACUCUCUACAUCUCCACCAAGAAAGUUGUUUGGCUGAGCGAUGUCGACAGGGCAAAAGGGUAUGCAGUGGAUUUCUUGUUUUUAUCGUUACAUGCUGUAUCCAGGGAUCCAGAAGCCUAUCCUUCUCCUUGUAUAUAUACUCAGAUUGAAACAGGAGAUGAUGAGGAUGAGUCUGGGGACUCAGAUUCUGAGUGCAAUGGAGCCGCCCAAGAUUUAUCCAAGAUAACGGAGAUGAGGCUUAUUCCUUCAGACGCCGGCCAAUUGGACCGCUUGUUUGAGAUAUUCUGCGAGUGUGCAGAGCUUAAUCCAGAACCCAUUGAAGGAGAAGAAGAAGCGCAUAAUUGGAUUUUUAGUGCUGAUCGGAUUGGAGAUGAAGUUGCAGAAGGGGAAGAUCCUGAUUGGAUUAUGUCUCAAAAUCCAACAAGCACAAUUGGUCAAUCUAAUGGGGAUCAUGACUUAGCACGUACAGUGCUAGAGCUUCAGAUCAACGAUCAGCGAUUUGAGGAUGCAGAAGAAAUGGGGCAUGAUGUCAACAGUGGCCACCGUUGAGCUUGUUCUCCCUUUUCUUUCUUCACAUCUUCGGGUGUUGCCAUUAACCAGUGUCCAUCUUGUUUCUUUUGUGGUUCCGAGUCUUUUUGUAUAUGUGAAACAUUAUCUUCAAAUACUUGGCCCAGGAGCAUCGUCACAUUAGGACUUAUAAAGUCAUUUUGCUUCUAACCAGUUUGUGUAUUGCUGUUAUCGGAAUUAUUAUUCGUGGUAACCGAAUUUUCUCAUAACUUUUUAGACAAAUAUGUUAGUUAUUAUUAUGCCCAACCCAAAAGAACAUACUUGACAUGCAUAACCUUUUCAGGCAAAUU